CACAUAACAUGACAAGUGGCGCAUUAUCCGGAAUAACCAACAAUAUUGCAGUUUAUCCGCUUGAUUUAGUGCGAAAAAAAAGAAGGUUACAAGUUCAGGGCAAUGGUGUUUCAUGGUACAUUUGCUUGUUAAACAUUGUCAAACAAAGAAGGAAUACCAUAGUUUAUAUAAAGGGCCUUAUUAAAGCAAUUCUCUGCUAAAUACAG